AUGUAUGCAGGCUACCACUGGCACAUUUAUGAAGGCUACCACUGGCACAUGUAUGCAGGCUACCACUGGCACAUGUAUGCAGGCUACCACUGGCACAUUUAUGCAGGCUACCACUGGCACAUUUAUGCAGGCUACCACUGGCACAUAUAUGCAGGCUACCACUGGCACAUUUACACAGGCUACCACUAUUACAUGUAUGCAGGCUUCCACUGGCACAUGUAUGCAGGCUACCACUGGCACAUUUACACAGGCCACCACUGGUACAUGUAUGCAGGCUACCACUGGUACAUGUAUGCAGGCUACCACUGGCACAUUUACACAGGCCACCACUGGUACAUGUAUGCAGGCUACCACUGGUACAUGUAUGCAGGCUACCACUGGCACAUUCACACAGGCCACCAUUGGUACAUACAUGCAGGCUACCACUGGCACAUGUAUUCAGGCUACCACAGGCACAUUUUUGCAGGUUACUACUGGCACAUGUAUGCAGGCUACCAAUGGCACAUGUAUGCAGGCUACCACUGGCACAUUUAUGCAGGCUACCACUGGCACAUGUAUGCAGGCUACCACUGGCACAUUUAUGCAGGCUACCACUGA